CGGAAGUGUUGCGUCACUGUAUGUGGGUGUGGGAGCAACUUUAGGAAACAAAGUGUCCAUCGCUUGAAAAAUAGUAGCUUGCCACACACUUAAACUUGUUCUCAGUUGGUCUAAUAUUUUCGAAAAAGCAAGCCUAAAGAGAUCAGCAGACGUUCAGAUCACUGACUUGGUCCUCGUUCAGCUCUCAGUAUGUCCGAGGGGGACUAUGAUUACCUCAUCAAGUUCCUCGCGCUGGGGGACUCUGGGGUGGGAAAGACCAGCUUCCUGUACCAGUACACGGACGGCAAAUUCAACUCCAAAUUCAUCACCACAGUGGGAAUAGACUUCAGAGAAAAACGAGUGGUGUACAAGUCCAGCGGUCCUGAGGGGACGGUCGGGAGAGGACAGAGGAUUCACAUCCAGCUCUGGGACACGGCCGGUCAGGAGAGGUUUCGGAGUUUGACCACCGCGUUCUUCAGGGACGCCAUGGGCUUCCUGUUGCUCUUUGACCUCACCAAUGAGCAGAGCUUCCUUAAUGUGCGGAACUGGAUGAGUCAGCUGCAGACGCACGCGUACUGCGAGAAUCCCGACGUCGUCUUGUGCGGAAACAAAUCAGACCUGGAGGACCAGCGCGCCGUGAAAACAGAGAGUGCGCGAGAACUGGCCGAGAAAUACGGUGUCCCGUACUUCGAGACGAGCGCUGCGAGCGGUGAGAACGUGAGUCGUGCCGUGGAGGUCCUGCUGGAUCUGAUCAUGAAGCGCAUGGAGAGAUGUGUGGACAAAUCCUGGAUCCCCGACGGGAUGGUUCGCACCAACGGACACAGCUCCAGCGACCUGGCAGAGCCACGUGACGCCGAGCAGAGCAAGUGCGGCUGCUAAUGCCAUAAGCAUCCCUCCAGCCGCGGCUCUCUGAUCCUCUUCAUUAGCACCAGUACACAUCACGCUUGAACUGAGCAGAUGCUGAGGAUUAGAGACCCUGCGCUGCGUUAAAGACACAUGACAUUUUUUAUCAGAAUGGAUGGACUAAAGCCUCCUAAAUUCAAGUCUUCACGUUUUAAGAGCACUUUACACCAAGUCCUGCGUUUAGAAGUCUUAAUGCAUCAGAUAGGAUGUGUUUCAAGGGCUCGAAUCCUCUCACUGUGUGUUUCACUGUUAGUGCACAUCUGCUGUUAAACUAGACAUGCAUCAGUGCGUUAUUACUCUGAUCCUGACACGGUUCGGUGUUGAUUUUCUAAAUGAGAACCUCACAUUCAAUCACUGAAAUUUGGAAAAAAAUGCAUGUUAUAAAAAAAAAUAGACAUUUAAAAGAAAUAUUUGUUUAAAAUAUAUAUUUAUAUAAUGCACAACCUGUAUCACUUUUUCGAAAAAAUUACAAAAAUUAAGAAAAGCAUCAUAUGGACUGGAAAUGUUGUCAUGGUUAGUAAUGAUGAAAGAAUUGUCAGAUAAAUAUUUUUUGGGAGACAUAAAAAAAUUAUAUAUAAUGUUAUAUAAUUAUGUAUAAUUUUUUUUUUUUUUUACAUCAGUCCCCACCUUCUCUCACUUAAAAAUAAAUAACAUUAAGAAAAGCAUCAUAUGGUGUUGAAAUGGCAUGAAGGUUAGUAAUGAUGAGAGAUUUUUUUGGUGAUCUGUUCCUUUAAUAAUAAUUUGUGCUGUUGUCCUUCUCUAGUGGACUGAGGGUAAAUAGUGCUCACUCCUAUGCCACUUUUUUUUUUACAAGUUUUAACACUUUUAAAUGUGUUACUAUGUUAUCUGUAGUCAUGUAGAUGUCAGAGACCAAUUAAAGUUAAGUAUUUAGCUCUUACUGUAUUCAUCUGUAGGCUAGUGGUUGAUUUGUAUUGUACACUUUGUGUAGACAUUCACCAGUUGGUGUUGGUUGUGGUUUUUCUGUAUUUCUGGUCGCUAGUUCAUGUAAGUUCCUGCCAUUUCAUUUAAUUACGGGAUUUGGAAUGAGUUUUAGAUGAAAUAUCCACAUCUGUACUGUAAAUUGUGCUCACGUUUCUCAAAAAUGGUUGCAAAAGGUCAGUAGAUGCGUUCUUUUUUUUUUUUUUUUUUUACAGUCCCUCUAUUUCACAAAAGCAAAGGAAAACCAAUUCAAAAUUUUCAUUUCCGACAUUUCCGGUUUCUUUUACUGAAUCAUUUCCAAAGUGCUUUAUUCUGCUGUAGUGCCUGUAACACUGUAUCUCUGCCAAACACUGUCUUUUGUGCCAAAUACUGAAACUCUAUUUGAAAAAAUGAAAUAAAUAUAUUUUAUUAUUUAUUA